ACAACCAAUUGAACACAAUGGCAUCAGAAGACUGGAGAAAAAUCGAUAUUGACGCAUUAACAGAAGCUCAUAUAACCGAAGAAGACUUACUCCCUGCUUUAGAUCCAGUCUCUUACGAAACUAUAGUAAGCAUCAGUCAACAAGUUCGUACUUAUUUAUCCUCGGGAAAAUUCCAAGAAGCUUUAGAGCUCGUAUUAGAUAAUCCUCCAUAUGUUUCCGAUCCAAAGGCUAAAGAGGCUCAUACCAGUACAGCACUUGAAGUUUUAAUCUCCAUUAAAACCAAUCAUAAUUUAAGUCAAUUAAGUUCUAUUAUUAAACAAUUGAAUUCAGAACAACAGGACACAUUAGUCAAAUAUUUGUACAAGAACAUGAGUCUGGAAUUCGGUCAGAAACAAGGUACUAUCUUAUUGACUUGGUUUGAAAAAACCGUCGAAGUUACUGGUUUGGGUCCAAUUGCUAGAUAUUUAACCGAUAGAAGAACUGUAUAGUUAUAAUUACAAGUGUUACCAAUGAG